CACUGCGCUGUACCUGGAACCUGAUAGCAGCUAGUGUUGUGUGUUUUAUAAAUUAACUCCCAUCUCCCUCUAAGGGAUUAAAGUUGGCCUUCUUCCUCGAGGGACUCCAGCAAGUCCUUCAAAAGCUGCAGAGCUGUCGAUUGACAGAAUUGAAGUACAUCUUAGAAUCAGAGUUUUUCAGCUGAAAAGGACCUUAAAUAUCGAGUCCAUCCCUCAUUUCACAGCUAACACCCGGCCUAAGAAGCAGAGUGUUGCCCGAUCAAAGUUUCUGCACCUUUCAUAAUUAGCCUCAGGACUGCAGUGCCAGUUUAUCCUGCUUUGGACAGUGUAUACUCCAGAAGUGAUUAAAAUUACAUCAGGUUUACAGGACUUCUCAAGUUGAUAGCCCAGGCUAGUGUAGAAGUAGCAAUGGAUCUUAGGUCGGGCUCUCACUCGCAGGAACUAAGAGUGUAUGCCCCCUGGUCUGGCCACGUGUCUCGGCCUUAGGUUUAGGCAUCAUUCUUGAAGCAACCUAGAUAUAGGUACAUAGCCACUGCCUGACUUGGGGGUGGGAUGAGUAGGUGUGAAAUAGUCAAGAUGGCUGGGAUUCAGUUAGGGAGCAAUGAGACAUCCUGGGUGGUCAGCAAGAAGACCCCCACCUACCCCACCACACACUAGACUGUCAUGCCCAGUACUAUAAUAAGCUGUAAGGAGUUUCCAGUCAGGUUUAGUUUUGUGUGCUAACCUUUGCCGGCAGUUUUAAUAACUGAAUUCCCUAAAAGGGUAGUAUUGUCUUGUUAUAAAUAUGUUUUAAGUCGGCAGAAGUGAGUGAGCCAGAGAGGUAUACCUGACUGUGGUGACAAGAGUAGUUGGCAAAGGAAUGUGAGUCUCAAUCACUUAUCUUCCAAGCCUAGUCAGUGCUCUUUCGCAUUACAUCUUGCUCCCCAGGAAGGGGGUGAGAGAAUCGCCUGUGGCUGAUUUAUUGGCGCCUGUGGUUGCUCAGAGAGGCCAGGCAGGACUUUCAGCUGCCCUCUAUGCCUUACAAAGUGGAGCUAUGUACUUCCACCCGAUCUCCUGAGGGGAAUGCAAAGGAGCCAGGCUGUCUAGCUGAGGAGGAGGGGCCUGAGCGGCUUGGCAGUAAAAUCUCCUAGCACGCUGGGAAGUGCAGCAUAGUGCCUAACCUACCGCUGACCCAAAGUGAUUUAUUCCCUGCAAGCUGCUGGUGGUAUCUGACCAAUUUGUCCAUUUUUGAAGUAAGAGCUAGGAAAGAGUUGGCGAACUGUCAGAGUUCCUAUAGAAAAGCAGUGCAGGUGCUCUUAUUUUGAUGAAUUGUAAAGUAGCCCUACACCACUUCCUGUGCCCCCUUUCUGCUUGUUUAUCCCACAGAGCAAGUGCAUCUGAGUCCUUAGAGAAAGCCAAAAAGAAAAUAGUUGAUAGUAGUUACCUCUACCAGCGAUGGAAUUGGAUCCUUUGAUCUCCACUUCAUGCCAGUUAGAUUCCUCAGCCACUGCUUCUUCCUUUAGUCUGUCGAGAUGGCUCAUCAGUUGAGAGCGCUUACUGUGCAUAUAGACAACCCAGGUUUGGCUUCCAGCGCCCAUGUGGCUCUUAACUUGAAAUAACUCCAGUUCCUGGAAACGGAUUCCUUCUGGUUUCCACAGGCUCCUGCGUACAUAUGAGCCGCCAUGGAUACUGCUAGCCAUAGCCUUGUGCUUCUGCAGCAGCUGAACAUGCAGCGAGAAUUCGGCUUUCUGUGUGACUGCACAGUUGCUAUUGGGGAUGUUUACUUCAAAGCCCACAGAGCAGUGCUUGCUGCCUUUUCUAACUACUUCAAGAUGAUUUUUAUUCACCAAACAAGUGAAUGCAUAAAAAUACAACCAGCUGACAUCCAGCCCGAUAUAUUCAGCUACUUGUUGCAUAUUAUGUACACAGGAAAAGGGCCAAAACAGAUUGUGGAUCAUAGUCGUUUGGAGGAAGGGAUCCGAUUUCUUCACGCUGACUACCUUUCUCACAUUGCAACUGAAAUGAAUCAAGUGUUCUCACCAGAGACUGUGCAGACAUCUAAUUUGUAUGGUAUUCAGAUUUCAACAACCCAGAAAACAGCUGUCAAACAAGGGCUGGAGAUCAAAGAAACUCCUCCCAGUAGCAGUGGAAACAGAGCUGCUGUCCCAGGUGACCACCCCCAGCUGCAGCUCUCUCUGGCAAUUGGGCUAGAUGAUGGCAGCGGUGCGGAGCAGCAGAGGACCCAUCCUGCUGCCCAGGCCGUGGAGGAGCACCAGAAGCCCCCAGUGUCCAUCAAGCAGGAGAGAUGUGAUCCAGAGUCUGUGAUCUCCCAAAGCCACUCCUCAUCCUCAUCAGAGGUGACUGGCCCCUCUUUUACAGAAAACAGUAUCAAAGUCCACUUAUGCCAUUACUGUGGGGAGCGCUUUGAAUCCCGAAGUAACCUGAGACAACACCUCCAUACCCACGUGUCCAGAUCUCUCCCGUUCGGUGUCCCUGCUUCCAUUUUGGAAAGUAAUGACCUUGGUGAAGUGCAUCCACUUAGUGACAGCAGUGAGGCUCUUGAAUGCCGGAGGCUCAGCUCCUUCAUUGUCAAGGAGAAUGAGCAGCAGCAGCCAUCACCUGAGCACUCGAGCCGAGGCACCUCAGAGCCUUUGCAGAUUAGUCAAGUAUCUUUGAUCUCCAAAGACACAGAGCCAGUAGAAUUAAACUGUAAUUUUUCUUUUUCAAGGAAAAGAAAAAUCAGUUGUACCAUCUGUGGUCAUAAAUUUCUUCGAAAGAGCCAGUUACUGGAACACAUGUAUACACACAAAGGUAAAUCCUACAGAUAUAACCGUUGCCAAAGGUUUGGAAACUCAUUGGCCCAGAGGUUUCAGCAGUAUUGUGACAGCUGGCCCGAUGUCCCCUUAAAAAGCUCUCGCUUGUCACAAGAACAUUUAGACUUGCCUUGUGCCUUAGAGUCAGAGCUCACACAAGCGGGUGUGGACACCAUCCUCGUUGAGUAGCAGCUUCUCGGGCAGAACUUUUAUACUGAUCUUGGAGGAGAUUUACACGCCAUUUCUAAUCAUAAAUUAGUUAGUUAGCUCCUCAUGGUCUUUUGACUUAAAAUAUUAUCUGUUGUGUGUUUUGAGGUUGAACAAACCAGUUCUCAUUAUAAGACAUGGCUAUUAAACAUAACUUUCAAAUUAUCCUAUGAGCUUUUCUAUACAUUAAAUCAUAAUUUGAAAAUCAGAAGUUAAUGUAGAAACUUUAAGAGUGAGUGAUUAUUUAUAAAAUCUCUUGUUUUUCCAGGUUGCAGAAUCAGUAAAAUGAACUUGACUAUGAAGCAGAUGAGAUCUGUUUUAGAGAAUAUUUUAGAGACUGGGAUUGAAGCUCAUCUGUAGAGUACUUGCCUAGUGUGUGUGAGGCCCUAGGUUCAGUGUCCAGCAUACACUCACAUGCACACACACAGAUACACUUCUAAACUGUCACUUGUCUUAGGUUUCAUGUGAAUUAUGCUCUUAGGAAAAUGAUUUUUUAAAUAUUUUCAGCCAUAUAGGAAAUCAAUCAUUUUAAUGUAUAAAUAUAUGUAUGUGUAUAUAUAUAUAUAUAUAUAUAUAUAUAUAUAUAUAUAUAUAUACAUAUAUAUAUAUAUACACACACACACACACAUAUAUAUAUAUGAAGUAAGUAGUUACUUUAAUGUAUAACUAUAUAUUAUAAUGUAUAAAAAGUUUGUUUUGUUUUAAGACAUGGCUAUACCAAAUCACAAGUAGUUUUAACUGUACUUACUAGCAUUCCAACCUCUUAUAUGGCCUUUUAUUUAUUAGCCAUCAAGUAUACCUCAUUUUUAAUAAAUAUUUUAGCUAAAAGGAAGGACUGGAGAAGUCAGUAGUGAAGAAGGCUUGAGCAGAGAAACAGUGCAUUCACGUAAGUGGUCAUACAGGUCUGUGUGAGCCAACCUUGUGCGGAUAGGCAGAUCUCCAGUGUGCUCUUGGACACCUUCAGGUGUUUAUAGCAAGAGGAUCACCUAAGUUUGAAGAGGAAAAUGGUAAGAUACGUAUCAUCUCCCUGACUUAAUGUUGCAGACUUAUUAAGGCUGCCUGGGUUGAUGAUAGUUUUUUUUUCUAAAAGUCACUCAUAAGGGUGAUUUGACAAUGGUGUAGCUUUCGCUUUUCUGUUAGUAAAAGCAGUGGAGUGGAUGCACUGAGCAUUCCAGACCUACUUAAAACCCAUGCCGGCAGCUCUCCUUCUGUGAAUAUACUCACUUCCCUUUUAUAGUGGCGACACUUAGAAACUUACAACUCCAGGAAAAUGGAAGAUGUUGGACUAAGUGAUGAAUUUUCUGUACCUAACAAGUAGCUUAGCAAAUUUCAUUGUUUCCAAAGGGUUAUUUCAACUUGAAGUUCUGUUCUCAAGAAUCAAAAGGCAAGAGAGACUGUAGAACAGCACCCCACCACCACCCUAUUGAAGUCUCAGCUCACAGACAUUUGAAGAGCAUUUGAGUUGGUCCUGCCACACACACACUCUCAGCCUUGCUAUGUCACCAGGUUGGCCUUAAAAUCUUGAGCACAAGCAGUCUUCUUCAGCUUCCCAGGCGGCCAGUACCAUGGGGUACGUGCCAUUUCACACCAUGGGGUAUGUGCCAUCUCACACCAUGGGGUAUAUGCCAUCUCACACCAUGGGGUAUGUGCCAUCUCACAGACACCUCGGUGUGUAUAGCCAGUUAAUUCUGACCCCACUCCCAUACCUCUGAAGACAUUUAAGAGGUUCUCCUGCCCCCGGGCGUGGUGGCACACGCCUUAAUCCCAGCGCUUGGGAGGCAGAGGCAGGUGGAUUUCUGAGUUUGAGGCCAGCCUGGUCUACAAAGUGAGUUCCAGGACAGCCAGGGCUACACAGAGAAAUCCUGUCUCAUAAAACCAAAAAAAAAAAAAAAAAAAAAAAACCGAUUGUUUUUAUUCCCCCACCCCCAUCCCCCUCUGGAUGAAUGGUGAGUUAGGUUACAUGACAGAGUUCCAGAGAUGGUGGCAUGGACUCUAAUCCCAGAAUUUGUGAGGCUGAUCUCUGAGUUCAAGGCCAGCCUGGUUUAUAUAGUGAGUUCCAGACCAGUUAGAGUGACAUAGUUAGACCCUGUCUCAAACAAACAAAACAGCACACACACAGAUACCACACCAACCUGAAGUAGUAGCUUCAUUGUUUUGUUUGUAAGUUUUUGAGAUAGUCUUGCUAUUUGGCCCAGGCUAGACUUGAACGCACCGUUGUCUUCCCAUCCGGCCUUCAGAGUGGUAACUUUUAAAGGCCAAGUGAAGAACCCUACUGGGCACUGUUUUAAGGUAACUGAGUUUCUGAUUUAGAGUUAGCGUCUGAGAUCAAGACUGAUGAUGUGUUUUAAGAACAGAACAUAGCUAGUGGUAGAAUGGAUUGUAUUGGGGUGGUUAACAAAUGUGCUGUUUAGGGGUCAUAACUGCAUGGUAUCUUACACUUAAGUCAUCACAGCAAUCACUCGGUUACUUGAGUGACUUGAUCAUACAGAAGCACAGAUACUGACCAUGUAUUUUAGGCUAUUUAGGAUAUAUUCCCUGCCUUUACUUUUUUUGAGAUUUAGAGAUAGAUCUCAGUAUAUUUACAUUGAGAUACAGAGCCCAGGCAGGCUUCGAUGACUUAUGCAGAACGAGCAACUCCAGGCUCACUCAGUAAGACUCUCUCUCAAAAACCUGAGGCAUCAGAACCUGGAGAACUCAUGUGGGUGCUGGAACCAAACCAGGUCCUCUGCAGGAGCAGCAAGUACCCUUAAGCACCGAAUCAGCCUCUCCUGCUCAUUCUGCCUUUUUGAGGUUAUGUCUUACUAUAUGGCCCACAAUGGCCUGGGACUUGAAACAACCCUGCAUCCACCUCCUAAGUGCCUGGGGUAGCAUGCACUAUAACGCCUACAGCCUGGGGAGUUUUGGUUUUGGUUUUUAAGACAUAAGUCUUCAUUUGGGGGAAAAAGUAUUCAUAUUUUAAAAGAUUUUCCAGGAACAACCUUUAGUUUUUGUCACAUCUGCAAUAUGGAGCUCCCUUGCCCUCCCCUCUCCUCCCCUCCCCUCCCCUCCCCUCCCCGUCCUCCCCCACCCCACCCCCCAAGCAGUGUGGUUUGUGUAAUGGUUGCCUAGUUGAGCCUGGAGUCACCAUAUGUACUUUGUUGCCAGAUGUUGCCCUCUUGUGUUGAAGUGAGCAGCCUGCCGGGUAACAUUUGGAGGCCUUGCGAAACAAGCUUAGUUCUUUUUUUUGUGUGUUUUUGUUUUUUGAGACAGGGUUUCUCUGUAGCUCUGGCUGUCCUGGAACUCACUCUGUAGACCAGGCUGGCCUUGAACUCAGAGAUCCACCUGCCUCUGCCUCGGGCUAGGCAGAUCCUAUAUAGAGCUUUUCUGUGUGGGCCAGCUUUAAGUCUUCCCUUCUUUAUAGAGCCUGCAUGUAGGUGUUUUGCAUUUGUUGUUGGUAGGAGCGCUCAGUGAGUGCAGUCUGCCUGACAAGCAGUGUUGUUGCUCUUUAAUGUAUAGAAUGUUUGAAGUGGUUACUUACCUCUUCCAAGUAAAGCGGAGGUGUCCACAGCACCUACCUCGCAGGGCUGGUGUGAGGCUUUGCUCUAAAAUGGUUAGUGUGCUGAUGGAAACCAACAGCAGGAAGCGGUUCCACGGCUAGCCCGGUUCAGUAUUCCAUCUGGUAGAUUCUAGAACAUGCUUGCAGCCCUACUUAAUAGAUAAUUAGUUGAGAAAAUUAGUUUUUAUGAAAAUGCGCCAGAAAUGGGAGUGCUACUUGAGUUCUUACUCUUCUGAACUGUUUGUAUCGUUCAUCAAGGAAGAUAGGAUUUAGCAUUAGUGGAAGUAAAAUACACCUAUUUCAGCAUUAAGGAAACUUCCCUCCAAAUACAUUAUUUUCUUUUUUUUUUUUUUUUUUUAAAGAUUUAUUUAUUUAUUUAUUAUAUGUAAGUACACUGUAGCUGUCCUCAGACACUCCAGAAGAGGGCGUCAGAUCUCGUUACGGAUGGUUGUGAGCCACCAUGUGGUUGCUGGGAUUUGAACUUCGGACCUUCGGAAGAGCAGUCGGGUGCUCUUACCCACUGAGCCAUCUCACCAGCCCCAUUAUUUUCAUAUAAGAAAAGGAACAAAGAAAAUAAAUAUCCCAUUGCUUCUUGGAUGAAGACCAUCUAAGUAAUAAAUAGGGACGGGAGAUGGAAUAAGGAUUAUCCGUAGGAACUCACUAAUGUUCUUUGGAAGUAAAACUGGACCGCUUUCUCUGACCACUGAAGGGAAUAACUGCUAUCAUGGGAGGAAAACAAGCUGCGAAGCGGACAGCGAAUAAAGCCUGUUUGCACCGGCUAAUUCUUGAUACUGAACCUUGGAUUCCUGUGAAUACUUGACAGGGAUCUUUGUGGUAUCUGUGCUAAAAAUAGUUCAUGUGGGAAAUUUUUACAAUGUAACUUGUGUCUUUUAGUGUACUUAAACUAAAUAUGUCUGUGGCGUUUCAUUAAGAAGUUGUUAUGUUCCAAGGAGUGAACUCUGUAAACAUUUCUAUGCUCAACCAUGCUUGUGUAACCGCUCUCUCUUUAAUCUGGUAUGUCACAGUCCUGAAUGUGAUGUCUUAAAUGCAAGUGUCCCACACUGGCUCUCCUUCUAGAUUGGAUGAAACCCUGGUGUGUGUGUGUGUGUGUGUGUGUGUGUGUGUGUGUUCCCCCAAUUCCUUAGGUUGUCCUUCAGCACAGCUGCCAUCGGCUCCUUGCAGUCACUGCAACAGAGAAGGUCAGAGGACAGCCCUCGGCCAGCAUUCAGGAAGCUGAUACAGUACGAUUGAGUUUAAGGCCACGCUUAACUGAGUCUUAAAAAAAUAAAACAAGAGUCUGGAAAGAUGGCUCAGUGGUUAAGAGCACUGGCUGCUCUUCUACAACCUCAGAUUUGUUCUCAGCCCCUCUGUCAGGCAGCUUAUAACUACCUGGCACUCUAGUUCCGGGAGGACCUAGUUCUCCUCUGAUCUCUGAGGUACCUGCACUUGUGCGUGCCAGACCCAUGCACAGAUGCCAAUGGUUAAAACUAAGCCCCAGCUGGGCGUGGUGGCGCACACCUUUAAUCCCAGCACUUGGGAGGCAGAGGCAGGCAGAUUUCUGAGUUCGAGGCCAGCCUGGUCUGCAGAGUGAGUUCCAGGACAGCCAGGGCUAUACAGAGAAACCCUGUCUCAAAAAACCAAAAAAAAAAAAAAAAAAAAAAAAAAAAACCUAAGCCCCAAUCAAACCUAAGAACUUAGAUAAUAGAAAGGCCUAAUGAGGGAAUGGCCAGGCUCUCAGGCACGCAUAGCAAAUGUAGGGUAAUACACGGUAGAGUUAUACUUCCAUGUGGUAUGCUACAAAUGGCUUCAGGAAUAUUCUACAGAGUUUUGUAUCCCAGUUUGGAAACUGGCUUUCAUCUGUUUUAUGAAGAUAUAAUAUGACUUGAUUCGAUGUAACAAAAUAUUAGCUUGCAGACCUGAUCUUACUUUAUAGCAUUUUCUGUCAAUGUUACCUUUGUUGAGGUAAGUGGUCUUUGCUAGGUAACUUUAAAAAAAAUUUUUUUUAAAUAUCUGUAUUUUUCCUGCACAUAUGUAUUUGCAUCAUAUGGGUUCCUGAGGCCAGUGGAGGCCAGAGAGGUUGGUCUGACCUAGAAAUGGAAGUGCAGGUAGCUAUGAGCCACUGUGUAUAGGCUGGAAACUGAAUUUGGGUCCUCUGAAAGAGCAUGGGAUGCUCUUAACCACCAAGCCAUUUCUCCAGCCACUAUUGUUUUUUGAUUUUUGUUUUUGUUUUUCGAGACAGGGUUUCUCUGUGUAGUCCUGGCUGUUCUGGAACUCACUUUGUAGACCAGGCUGGCCUCAAACUCAGAAAUCCACCUGCCUCUGCCUCCCGAGUAAGUGCUAGGAUCAAAGGCGUGCACCACCACUGCCCAGCUCUCUCCAGCUGAUCUUACAUUGGGCGUGAUGCAAAAGGUAUGAAUGGACUUGAUUCUUGCCAACCACAGCCUGUGGCAAGAGAGUGCUGUCCUAAUCCAGAAAGAAAGCUCUAGUCAUUUCUCAGGGGGGUCUUGGUUUGCUUUUACUCUCUGCUUUUUACUCUAUUCUUCUGUCCCCAGCAACCUGAUCUACAGCAGUGCUUCUUAGGGUAUGUUAGGAUCUUCAGAGAAAAAGAAGAAAAGGAAGAAAUAGGCAAGUAGAUAACGUCACACUGUCCUAUGGCUGGUGUGGUAGUACACACUUGAAAUCCAGACACUUGGGGACAAUGACAAGAACAACUCUUUGAGUGUUCGAGAAAAGCCAGGUUUCCUUAUCGAGUGCUAAGCCAUUUGGGGCUUUAUAGUAAAACCCUAUCUCCACAAACAAACAAAAUGAGCAAAUAUGACCUUGAUUCAUACCUUUAUAGAGACAGGAUUAUGAAGAGCUGCACUCUGCAAGCUGAGUGCCUGGAACUAAAUGAUGUAAUUGCGUUCUGAGUCCAAAAAAGACAUAACUGGAAGAGCUAUUGAACAAAUUCCAGUCCAAAAGCUGGCAGACCCAGAAAGAUCGUAUGCUUGCAUUUUUGCCCAAAGUUAGGAAAAGAUGGCUCUCUCGGGCAAGGGAAGGCCAGAUUUCUGUGCAGGCCUUUGGCUAAAUGAAAGCAGUCUAUUUUAUCCCACACUUGUAAUUCUACUGCUACUCUAAUUCCCAAAUAACCACCGCCAAAGCCAGACGUGAUGGCUGACAUAGUGAGUUGCAGUGAGCUAGCUGAAGUGGGGAGACCAUCCAUCAGCUUACACGGAGACCAGCCUGACCAAGGAGACCUUGUCUCAAAAACAAAACCAAACGCCCCUUGACAUACACCCAGAGUCGGGGAUGGGAAUGGAGCUCAGUAGAGUUCUUGCUUGGCACAACAAGGCCUUGAGUUUCAUCCUGCAAAAUAAUGUAUACAUAAAAGUAUAUCGCAUAGCUCAGUCAACACAAAAUUGACAGUAAAAACUACCUUCACCAUGUGGAUGAUCAAUAAUGUGGAGAUAUUUGGGGUAAUUAUGCCUGGGUGGAGCAUGAUAAAGUUGCUACUGGCAUCUAGUGAGUAGAGACCAAGGAGGUUGGUAAGCGCGUCAUAAUAAAAGUAUCUCCAUUCCUACCCUACUCUGGACUGCUCGAGGUGUCAGUGGAGUUGAGGUUGACUAGCUCUUGUCUAAAAAACUAAGUCUUGUGAUAGUGCAUAAGGACAUAGAAGUUCGGGAUUCCUAUCUAGUCCAUUUGGAUCUAGUGGAAUGUAUGAUGUCUUUGUCCAAAGUCAGUUCUAUUUAUAUUAUCCUUUUAGAAAUCUUAAAUUGGAUUAUUUAAAGUCAGAGCUGCAGAAAUGGCUUAGUAGGUAGCAUGUCACUUAUACAAGCAUCAGGGCCCAUAUAAAGCCCGUGCCUGCCGUUGGACACGCCUAGAACCACAUUGUGUGGUGAAAAUGGGAUGGACAGCAAGGUAUAAAGAUGGAGAACUGUGGGGGAAAGACCCACGCGCAGCCCCGUGUGCACAUGCACCCACUCACACUAACAAGUACAGAGACAACACUCUACAAACACAAGUAAACUAAAAUCAGAUAUAGUCAUCAACAGACUGCUCAAACUUUAACAUCCUUGAAAAACAAAAACCCAGCCAUCUUGUUCUGUAGCUCAAUCCUUUCACCUCAGCCCCCCAAGUUGUGGAUGAUAGAUAUAUACUGCCAUUUUCAGGUCAAGACAACUAAGCCUAUUAGUAAUGUUGAAUCAAUUGUAUUUCUAAAGUCUGGCAAAAGAAAAAGAUGAUUGUAGUUUAUAAUUUGUGUGGAUUUUAAUUUGGCCAAAAGAUGGCGCCAGCGUACCGUAGAAAUGUAUGUUCUGCUGUGUUAGGACCUGACUCUCCAGCUCCUUUUGUAUUUUAGUAGCUUCGUUAGGACCUUCUCUUCCCUUGCAGUCUGUUCAGUGUUAGGUAAUAGUGUCUUGACAUCCCCUCUGUGCAUCUGACUUAUAAGAAGAGCAUCAGCAGAGAACAGCACACUUGAUAGUUGUACUAUUGAACAAGUUUGAGGAUUUUUCAAAGUCAUUAACUCCAAUAACAUUGACCCUCCUUUUCAUAUAUCAAACUCAAUUAAUGUUUUCUCUGGCCAAGAGCUAAAUGGAGACAUUCAAGAAAAUCAUAACUUGCUUAGACCCCCCCCUCCAUCUUUUUAUUGGCAUAUAUUCAUUGCACUCAGUGUUGGGUAUUAUAAAGUCAAUUUCAAGUCAGUUGUGUGCUUUAGCCAUAGCCAAGCCCUCCUACUUCCUUCCUUGGUCCCUUCUCUCACCCACUUGUCUCCUGAAGUCUCCCUUUUAAUUUCUUCUUGUUUUAGCUUUUGGUUUUAUUUGUUUAUUUUUGAGACAAGCUCUCUCUGUUAUGUUGCUCUGGCUAUUCUGGACUUAUGUAGACCAGGCUGGCUUCAAACUCACAAAGAUCUCCAUUCCCCCGCCUCCCACAUGCUGACAUUAAAGGUGUGUGCCACCACGCCCAGUUCUCCUUUCUUUUGUCAUGUAUGUGUAUAUGCAUGAGACAGGAAGUGAACAAAAGCAUGUAUUUUCUUUCUGCAUCCAUCUUGUUUUUCUUAGUAUAAUCUCCAGCUACAUCCAUUUUUAUAGCAAAUGACUCAUUCUUCUGGCUGAAUGAAACUUUGUUGUGUAUGUAUACAUUUUUUAUUGAUGGAAACCUAGGUUAUUAUGAAUUCUGCUGUAGUAAACAUGGAUGUGGAAGUA